CAUAAAAUUAACAGAGAAAAUAAGUUACUGUUAUUGAUACUAUUACUAGAAAGAAAUGUUGCAAUCCGCGAUGAUGUUUUCCAACUGAUAACCGUUUUGUUCCGAACCGCGAUAUUUAGUAAAAACCGAUAUUAAACGCAAAUUGUUGUGUAUACCCCGGUCCAACACGAUGUCUGUAGUACAGGACGUUAGCAAGUCCAACGAAUCGAAAAAAAAUGAAGAAAUUGUCGACGAAGAACAAGAUGUUGAAGAUGUUGAAGAUGACUCAACUGUUACAAAAAAGAGGAGAAAGCGAAGAAAGAAGAAGACACAAAUGAAUACUGAUGAAAAUGAUACAAAUGAAAAAGUUGAAGCAGAAGAAGAAGUAACAAGUGGUGUAACUAAAAUUAACAUGGACGGCGAUGUCGAAGGUGAUAAAAAAAAACCUAGACGCCGUGCAAAGAAGAAGGAAGUCAAAGAAAUAGAACUCGAGACAAAAGAAAAAAUGCAAACGGAUCCUCCAUCUGUGCCGAUACAUGAACUUUUCCCAACAAGUGAGUAUCCUGUUGGUCAAGAAGUUGAAUAUGAUGGUCGUAUGGGUAAACUACGAAUAACAAGUGAAGAAAAACGUGCAAUAGAACGUUCUAGAUAUGAUGAUUACAAUGAUGCCCGAAGAGCAGCUGAGGCUCAUAGACAAGUACGUAAACAUAUUCAAAACUGGGUAAAACCAGGUAUGACCAUGAUACAAAUCUGUGAAGAGUUAGAACGAUGUUCAAGAGCUUUGAUUGGAGAAGAUGGCCUUAAAGCUGGUUUAGCCUUCCCAACAGGAUGUUCAAGAAAUAACUGUGCAGCGCAUUAUACUCCUAAUGCGGGUGAUCCUACAGUGUUAUUAUACGAUGAUGUUACUAAAAUUGAUUUUGGCACGCACGUAAAUGGCCGUAUUAUUGAUUGUGCAUUUACUUUGACUUUUAAUCCUAAAUAUGAUAAGCUUGUUGAAGCUGUAAGAAAUGCUACUGAUACUGGAAUAAAAGCUGCUGGUAUUGAUGCUAAGCUUUGUGAAGUUGGUGAAGCCAUUCAAGAAGUGAUGGAGUCUUAUGAAGUAGAGCUUGAUGGCAAAACAUUUCCUGUAAAAUCAAUCCGAAAUCUCAAUGGACAUUCUAUUGAUGCAUACAGGAUACAUGCAGGUAAAACAGUGCCAAUUGUUAAAGGUGGCGAAGCUACUAUGAUGGAAGAAAACGAGUUUUAUGCUAUUGAAACAUUCGGCUCCACUGGUCGUGGAAUUGUACGUGAUGAUAUGGACACUUCACAUUAUAUGAAAAACUUUGAUGCACCAUAUGUACCACUUCGCCUUCAAGCAUCACAAAAGUUACUUGGUACAGUCAAUAAAAACUUUGGUACUCUGGCAUUCUGUAAACGUUGGCUUGAUAGAAUAGGAGCUACUAAAUAUCAAAUGGCAUUAAAAGACUUAUGUGACAAAGGAAUUCUAGACGCUUAUCCCCCAUUAUGUGAUAUUAAAGGCUGCUACACAGCGCAGUUUGAGCAUACCAUUGUACUUAGACCAACAUGCAAGGAAAUUAUUAGCAAAGGAGAUGAUUAUUAGCUUUGAUAAAGUAAUUACAAGUCUGUCAUAACAUAAGUGUAUGGAGCCAAUAAUACAACAAUUAAAAUCAACAUUGAUGUUAUUUUUGAAAUGUUAACUUUUUGAUGGUCAAUAAAUGAUUAAAUAA